UUCAGUUGGUAACCUACUUUGCUUCGAUUAGUACACGUUUUUUCCCGACUCGUUCCGACGAAAGUUCUGCAAUUCCGUGUGCACUUUUCCUCAGUUUCCUGUGUCCGUGUUCCGCGUGGGCCUUCGCGCGGUUGUGGCAAUCCUUCCGGGGUCCUGAUUCUGACUUUCCGGUGGAAGGAUAAUUCUUGCAAAUUGUUCGCAGUACUUUGUCUUCAUCAUUUUGUGUUAUAGUUUUAACUGCUUCCUAUAUAUUGCACAUAGUGUUUUAAGAUUUUUCUUAUAAGUGACGAAUUUGAAAACUGGUAGUUAAAUACGGUUACGGUGUGGAGUUUAGCAGAAGAAGAGGGUUGCCGAGUGAAUUGUUCAUUAGCUAUUUGAAUUCUGAAUCCGGAAAUAGCACUACUGCAGCAGAGAUCUCGUUGUAGCACAGGGGAUUCGAUCGACAAUGACCUUAAACCAUUAGUCUUGUAUUUAGUGUUAUUGUGCUUGGAGAGUGUGGGACGUGAAUGAAAAUAUUGUCACCUUUUAAAGAGUGCAGUUUACAAAAACAACAUUAUUUACAGUGAAUGUACAAGUGCAUCAAAGGACAAUAUCUACCGAGAAGAGAAAAACAAGAUGUGACGAACGACGUUAAAUAUAUUUUGAAGUGUCUCGCUCUGAAGGUAGAUCGUUAAAGUGCCAGCAGUUAACUGCGGGAAGAAAUAUCAAAACACGGAUUAACAUGUAGCAAGUGGGAAAAAUCAUCAUGAUGCCGGAAACUUGUCGCAGGCCAGUGGUUUUCUGGCCACUGUUGGGAGCAGAUCAACACCGUACUCCUAAAGAUGAACAUCUCAACGUCUAGCAGAUCUCACCAAGAAGACUGAAUCUUGAAUGUGAUAAACCAGUGCAUCAAAUAUACGUAGAAUGAAAUAGUUACAAUCCACGAAUGCAUCUAUCAACAAUCACUGCCAGAUAUUCAAUGUGAUCCUAGUAAAAUAUAAUGAAAGUGUCUUGUUAAUCUGAAGAACCGUCCACCGUUCUACUUUUGUAAUUAUCACUGCCGAAGCAGCACUUCGACUCACGUAGCAGAUCCGCAGGAUUCGCAAACUCUUUAGUUCUGCAUUUUACACACAAAGGAUACCACAGAAAGUGAUUCAUCAACAACUUAGAUUCCUUCGACAGAUGAAGAGUCAGUGUUGGAAAGGAAAGUGCACAAAUGUAUUUUUAUCAGUCGUUGAACCUUGAAAGGAGCAACCAGAUACAGCGUAGCUCGAGUGCAUGAUUGUAUAAUAAAUAGUAAUAAUCAAGAAAAAAAAACUGUCAGUGUCCGUACAUAGUAAUAUUUAUUAGCGAAUGACCUUUUCAUCGUGCGGUAUCAAUAGUGCGAGCCCUGGGAAACAAACAAGCAGUGGUAGAACUCAGUUCGUUCGCGCGAUAAGUGAUUCUUCUCAAGUUUAUCAAAAUAUUUACAAAGUGACUGCGCGAACGCAAGGAAAAAGUGCUUCCUGAUACAGAAGAGAAAACGCACCCGAGAAGAGCCAAUUAACCUUCCUCCGCGCACAGUGCAGUGUGAAUGAAUCGGCUGAAGGUGGCGACCACAACGAGCGUGGAGUACUAUUCCUCGGCCAAAGAUCGCACCUGUCACGAGAAUUGUCGAUCCAGGGUUCUUCACCGCGUGUCACCAUCGCCUUUGUGUCCCGGUCCCGGUCCCGGUCGAUAUGCUUGCGAAUGUGACGUUAUCGCAACUGCAGUUGUUUGAACCUGAUAAAACUACGGCGGAGAACAAUGUCUUAGCGCGAGUGUGUGACCUGUUUGAAACGGUGUGUUAAGAUAGCGGAGGUAGACCUCUCAACCCUCAGCGACGGUGCCGAACAGCGCUCCGGAACAGUUCGAACGGGUGCGCGGGUUGUUCAUCUGUACGCUCGCUUAGUGAUUUGAUUAUAAUUUUUCCACUUCAACGCGCGCGGUCAGAAAUCCAGAAAACCCAAACGAAAAUGACGUCUCUAGGAAUUAUGACCCUGAGCCGUGGACCCUACAGCGAGCUCGAUAAAAUGAGCCUUUUCCAAGAUUUGAAGCUGAAACGAAGAAAAGUUGACUCAAGAUGUAGCAGCGAUGGGGAGUCCAUAGCGGAUACCAGCACUUCGUCACCCGACCUUUUGCAGCCUCUGUCACCGAAGAUGUGCGAUCAGCAGCAGCCGGCAGGCCAAUUGGAGCUAGAUGACCCCACCGAACAUGACGAUGGUUCAUCAGCUCCGACGGCUGCUGCAAAUCAUCACCAUCAUCCCCAGCACCCUGCCAGUCACCCCUACCACCAUCACCACCACCAUCAUCAUCAUCGUAGCCACAAUAUGGAAAAUAACAACACGUUAACUAAUAACAAUAAUAACAACAACGACUGUUUGACGUCACCAAAGUUAGACCAUGAUGGUGGUCUGUUGAAGGAAGAAGAUGGCGAAAGCGAAAGGGCGUCGCCCGACUCUCCGGGUUUGUUGAUUGAUGAACGUCCUCCUUCGAGACUGAAACCUUCAGACCCCGGUGGUAGUACGCCGGGUGCACAUCCUAAUUCCUCCAAUUGCGGUGGGGGCGCUAGUGUGAUACGUUCGGUGGCGGAUGAGCGUCCCCGGUCUUCGAGUCCGCCAAACAGCCAUAAUUUAGCGCUAAUGAAUUCCAUUCAACUGCUGCAGCAACACUACAAUGCGAACAGCAACGCUGGAAGCAGCAGUAGUAGUAGCUCUGUUGGCGCUGCCCAUCAUCAACAGCAGCAACAUGUGACCGUGCUUGUAACCCCAUCGCGAAUAAAGCCAGAUCAACCGACGACGCUGGUAACGCUAGGGAUGCGGAAACAAGCGCCGCCGUCAAUUAAUCAAUUAGCAAAUGCCACCAACAACACCAACAGCAGUAGCACUAUUAGUAGUAAUAAUUGUAACGGUAGUAAUAGCAACGCCGGUAGUAAUAAGAACGAAGAGCCUAAUAGACUUACAUCGACACCGCAGAGUUCAACGUCGUCAUCACCUUCAUCUUCGUCGUCAUCUACAAACUCAUCGUCAUCAAUAUCUGGUGUGUCGCCAAAUCAACCCGUUCAGCUUCAAAUGUUUCAGCAGCCCCCCAUCGGUGGCAUGUCCAAAUUCUCAUCUAGUCAAUCAUCGUCAAACAAUUCAAAUAUCCAACAACAGCAGCAGCAUAUCGCCCAACAACAGAUGCUGCAAGCUAUGCAACAGCAAAUUCGGAUAAAAAAGGAACGCAUGCCCCAAUACACGAUAGUGAACCAAAACCCCAACAUGCCAUUGUUGCCUGGCAGUCAACUCCGGCAGCAGAACAUCCAGAUGAUUCCUAGCCCACAGCAGCAGAUGUAUGUCAAACGUGAACGAUCGUUACCUGGACAGAGUCACACAAUUGUGAACAUGCCACCUGUUUCAAUGGCUGGUCCCGCUAAUCACCAAAGGCAACCACCGAGCAGUCCUGUUCAAAUCUGCAACAGUACGUCUCCAAUGCAGCCACCGAUGUCCCCAAGUCAACAACAUCAGAACAGGCAGCAAAGUCCCGUUCAUGUAGGUUCCACCAAUAUGGGGCAAUCGCCGCACAUCAUCAUCAAGCGUGAACGGCAAGCACCUGGUCAGAACCCAAUGACGAACCAAGUUAUGCAACUAUCACCAAACAACCAGCGGUUACCAAGUCCUAUACAAGUCAGCCCCAAUACAUCUCCGCUUAAUCCCGCCAUGCAGAUACGACAUCCCAUGCGGGACGCUGCCAUAUUAUUUCGUGUAAAAAAUGAAGCACAAAUACCAAAUCUCAUGCAACAGCAACCACCGGGUAUGAAUCAUAGGAUAAACGUCUGGCCUGGUGGUCAGCAGCGUAUCAACGGCGUCAAACCUGAAGUGAUCGGCGGUCCGCUGCCACCGCUACGAAGCCAAAUGUCCCCCCAGCAAUCCCCGCAGCACCAUCAAAGUCCCAGUCCCAUCGCCUCGCAAACGCCACCGCGCAACACUCCGACAGUCAUCAUGGGCGAGUCGUGCGGUGUCCGGACCAUGGUCUGGAGCUACGACUCCCCACCGCAAGUACAAACCACAACGCCGCCUAUUAUGCCGCCGUCGGCGACCAACACGACCGGAUCGCAAGGCCCGCUAGGGCCUGGGUCCGCACUGGGGAUGGGUACCAUUCCCCCUUCACCGGGCAGUCACCAUCAUCAGAACAGCAACAGCAGCAGUAGUAGCAGUAGCACCAACAACAACGAAGAGGCGGCGCAUCUACUUCUAAGCUUAGGACAAACCGUAAGGCAAAACGAGGCUCAACCAUGGACUCCCAGUCGAUCCGGCUUACCCCUGAAUAUGGAACGGUUGUGGGCAGGGGAUUACAGCCAGUUUCCCACUGGUCAUCAAAUGCAUGCUCUUAAUCUCACCUCGCCGCAACCGUGGAAUAUGCCACCGGGUCCAAAAAAGGAACUACUCGACGAUAUGCCGCCCGAUGAGGACGAACAACCGUUGGUGUGCAUGAUCUGCGAGGACAAGGCAACCGGAUUGCAUUACGGCAUCAUCACCUGCGAAGGCUGCAAGGGCUUCUUCAAGCGAACCGUGCAGAACCGAAGGGUCUACACGUGCGUCGCGGACGGUACCUGUGAAAUUACUAAAGCCCAGCGGAACCGCUGCCAGUAUUGUAGGUUUAAGAAGUGUAUCGAACAAGGGAUGGUGCUUCAAGCUGUUCGAGAAGAUCGCAUGCCGGGUGGGCGGAACAGUGGCGCGGUUUACAACUUGUACAAAGUAAAAUAUAAGAAACAUAAGAAAAACAACCAGAAAGGCAACAACCACCAGAAGCUCGGCCUGCCCGGUGACAAUCCAAAGUCGUUGUAUCUGACGUCGUCAACGACGCCGCCGAUCAAGUCAGAAAGUAUUAGUCUGCCAUCGCACCUGGUCAACGGGACGAUACUGAAAACCGCCCUGACCAAUCCGAGCGAAAUCGUGCAUUUACGCCAUAGACUGGACAACGCCGUCAGCUCGUCCAAGGAUCGGUCGAUCUCGUACGAGCAAGCCUUGAACAUGAUACAUACCCUUAUAGACUGUGAUGCUAUGGAAGACAUAGCGACCCUACCGCAUUUUAGUGAAUUCCUCGCCGACAAGUCGGAAAUUGGCGAUAAGCUCUGUAAUAUAGGUGAUUCGAUUGUACAUAAGCUCGUCUCGUGGACUCGCAAGCUGCCCUUCUACAUGGACAUCCCGGUGGAGAUCCACACCAAGCUGCUCACCGACAAGUGGCACGAGAUUCUGGUGUUGACGACCGCCGCCUAUCAGGCGUUACACGGCAACAAAAGCAUAGGCGGGAACGGUCCCGGAGGUGGAACGGUCCUCGCGCCUGACAAACAGGACGCAGAGUUUGUCGAAGAGAUCACAGCCCACCUUCAUACGUUACAAUCCUGCUUAACAACCCUAAUGGGGCAUCCGAUUUCGAUCGAGCAGCUAAAAAUUGACGUCGGUCAAAUGGUUGAAAAGAUGACCCAGAUUACGAUAAUGUUUCGACGGAGUAAACUUAGGAUGGAAGAGUACGUCUGCCUGAAGGUUUACAUUCUGUUAAACAAAGGUUUGUCUAUUCGAGGAGGAAUGAUGUUCGCAAAUGUACUCAAAGAUGUUUCUUAUUUUAUUUCUCCUAUAGAAGUCGAGCUGGAAAGCAUACAGGAACGGUAUGUUCAAGUACUUAGAACUUAUCUGCAGCAUACCGUGCCACACAGUCCGAACCGGUUGUCGGACUUGUUAGCUCACAUACCUGAGAUUCAAACCGCUGCUAGCUUACUUUUGGAAAGUAAAAUGUUCUACGUACCCUUCGUUCUGAAUUCCGCCAACAUUAGGUAGCAGAUGAUCGAGCAAGGAAUGCUCGAACCUUUCCAAUAUGAACUGCAGCAGCAUCAGCAAGAACAGCAAGAUCAACAUCAUCAACAACAACAACAGCAGCAGCAUGACUUAGCUAUUGAAGAACAGCAACAGCAGCAGCAGCAACAACAAUUGCACGACAUGGAUUUCGUUAGUCAACAACAGCAGCAACAGCAUAAUCAACAACAAUAUCCAUUGACACAGGUUGUGCAGCUAUCAUCACCCUUAGCCGCGCCAGAACGGAGCGUCCCGAAGCGUGAAACACUGCCAUCAGCCACAAUCGUCAAACAGCAACAGCAAAUCGUUCAGCUGCAACCGCGGCCAUCACAACAAACACUGCCCAAUUCAGUAAAUAGCAACAGUAACAACAACAGCAGCAACAACAAUGGUUCUGUGACGAUUUUCGUCAUCAAAACAGUGUUACCUGACGAGUGAUUCUGAUUUCCGCCUAAUUACGAUUUAAAUUCAUCAUAAGUACCAGCCCCAGUGAGGAACAUCGGAACGAUUGUGUUUUUUUUAGUGAGGAAAAUGAAAGUAGUUUUUUUAUUUGUUUUAAUUUGUUCCAAGAUCGAGUCGAUUCUCGUUUUGUUUUCAUUUUUAAUAUAUGAACUGUUUUACCUUUUA